CUUACAAUAUCUAUGACCCCUCGACGAUCUUCAGAAUUGGACGUCACACCACCCUUACCGCAUCGUACUCCUACUCCACCAGGUCACUCGCUCACUGCUGCUGCACUAACUGUACCUCAUGAAGACGAGCCAAGGAGAAAAUCCUUUGAUUACAUUCAGUAUGAUAUGAGUGCGCGAUAUUUACCCCCUCCAGAAAAUUUACCCCCUCCAGAAAUAGCCCCAUUUGCCUAUCAGAGUGUUAAUCGAUGUGAAGAAAGUGAAAAAAGUUCAACUAUAACUUCGCUUACUGAACACCGACGGAAAAAGAGCUCAGAUAGCGAUUCUCUUAGUGUGAUAUCUUCCAUUAGUAAUAUCACACCUAGCAGCGCACCUGUUAAGGAAGAAAAAGAAAAAAAAAAGACUAUAUUUAAUCUUUUCAGGAAAGGCUCCAAAGAAAAAGAGCCAUCGGCGCCUGAAGGGGUGCUUCGUAAAAAUUUAAAUACGGAGCCUUAUCUAAAUCUUUCACCUCACGACCAAAGAGACGAUCCUUUAGCUAAACAUCAUCACAGGAGCAUGAAACACAAAAAGUCAUCUAAAAAGCAGAAGGAACCUGCUCCAUCCGAACCGAUAAACUUGGACGUUAGUGACAUGAAAGAUAUCAUAAAAACUGAGAAUCGUCACUCAGGUGUACCUUCUUUUAAAUCGUUUGAUGACUUGUCACAAGAAAAUCCAACGAUAGAAAGGACACAAUUUCCACCGAGCAUAGCAGAAAAUUGGACGGCUCCUGAGUCAUGGGCAGUAAAUUUGCCUUACGCUCAUGAAAUUCCGAUAGAUGAUAACCUUAAUGUUGAAGAUAGGGAUGAUUGGAAAAAAUUAUUUUGCAUUCGUAUAUUUCGUCCUGAUGCCACCUUCGGCACAGUAAAUUGUGGAUUGAACACUACUACUUCCGAAUUAUGCCAAAUACUUGGUAAAAAAUUUUUUAUCCAAGAUAUUUCAAAAUAUAAUUUAUAUGUGAUGAGGCACAAUUUAGAACGUAUACUAGGAUCUCAUGAACGACCAUUACAAUUACAAAAGAGAUGGCUAGAACAAGCAGGAUAUACUUCAAACGAUAAUUUGGAGGAUCUUGGCAGGGAGGAUAACAGCUAUUUGGUUCGCUUUACUUUCCGUGAAACUACUGUACCAAGAUUUGAAGAAGAAGGCAAUUUAUCUACUUGUCAAAAAGUAGAUCUUCAAUCUCGCAAUUUACAGACAAUACCUAUAUUUCUUUAUCGACAAGCUUAUAAUAUUCGAUCGUUAAAUGUUUCACAAAAUCUAAUGCUCGACCUUCCUAUGGAUUUUAUACAAUCUUGCACACAGUUACGUGAUCUCAAUCUUUCACAAAAUGACUUGGAGCGUAUUCCACAAUCAAUUAAACAAUCAGAGAUGCUUUCUUUUCUUAAUCUAAAUUCGAACCGCUUGAAAGAUUUGGAACAUGGAUCAUUAGAAAUGAUUGGGGAACUAACAAAUCUUCAAGUUGAAAACAAUUUGUUACAGGGAUUACCCGAGAAAUUUACUGCCUUUACCAAAUUAAAUACUUUGAAUGUUGCCAACAAUUCGUUCUCAGUCUUUCCUCAAGUUAUUUGCACUAUUGUGACGCUUUCAGAACUGGACUUAAGUUAUAAUAAAAUAACUUCUAUACCAGAAGAAAUCGAAAAACUUGUCAACCUUAAAAAGUUGUUCCUCGUUGGAAAUCAAAUAACAGAUAAAUUACCUAAAAGUUUUCAAAAUCUAAUUUCAUUGCAAGAAUUGGAUAUACGUAGAAAUCAGAUAACGAGUCUUGACACUAUAUCUUUGAUUCCCAACCUUGAAAUUCUUCUGACCGAAUACAACAAUGUAUCAACGGUGGAUAUAUCUUCAAAAUCAUUGCAAAAACUGCAAAAACUUAUUCUGUCUAAAAAUCAACUUACUCAUUUCUCGUUGAAGGAAACAAAUUUGUCUUUAAUAGAACUUUCAUUGGCAAAUGCAAAACUUCUUGCAUUACAAAAUGACCUGUUCGAGCACCUUUUAUCUGUUCAAAAGCUUGAUCUUCGUAAUAAUGAGUUAACAUCGAUCCCAACGACAAUUGGGUUGAUGACGAAUUUAACACAUUUAACAUGUAUAUGUAAUACUCUUCGCACGUUGCCAAGUGAAAUUUGUUCUUUAGUCUCUUUAUAUACAUUGGACAUUCAUUUCAACCAGCUUGUUUCUUUACCACAAGAGAUUUGGCUUUGCCGAAGUUUAGCCAAUUUAAACGUUAGUUCAAAUUUAUUAGAGCAAUUUCCAGCACCUCCAGCCACUUCGUCGAACGAUCCUCCUCCACUCGCUCACUCACUUCGCGCUCUGUACCUAGGCGAUAACGAUCUUACUGCUGGAAUAUUUAAUAUCAUUUCUUUAUUUUCUGAGCUCAAAAUUUUGAAUAUCUCAUUUAAUUUUUUAGAUGAAAUUCCUUCAGGAAAACUUUCUAAAAAUUCCCAUUUAACUGAAUUGUAUCUUUCUGGGAAUCAAUUAUCAUCGCUUCCGGAAGAUAUAGAGAAGUUAACUAAUCUGAGUGUUCUACACAUAAACGGCAAUAGACUAACAACAUUGCCCGCAGAAUUGAGUAAUAAAAGGUUCGAGAUAAAAUAUGUACAUCAAAAUGAAAUCAACCCGCUUCAAAGAAAUCGGAAUUUAACAGACUUUGAAAACCUUACUGAUUUGAGAGUUCUUGGUCUUAUGGAUAUAACACUUUUAAAUUUUUUGCUUCCUGAAGAAACUGAUAAUCGUCGCGUUCGGACUUCAGCCUCAGUAGUAAAUUCUAUGCGAUAUGGUAUGGCAGAUACACUAGGAAAGUCUGAUAAUCUUUCAAUUUGGGAAUCUGUAACGCCAAAGUUUCGUGGACGUGAAGAUGAGUGUAUUUUUGGGCUUUUUAAUGCUCGCGCCGGCUCCGAUCAAGGUGUUCGAGUUACUAAAUAUCUACACGAUUGGUUCCUGUUCCAAUUUGAAACUGAGCUCAAUAAAUUAAGAGACGGUGAUUUGGUAGAGCCUGCUUUGCGAAGGUCUUUUUUGAGUUUAAAUAAGGAACUUGGUUCAAAGGUCUUCAACUCAAGCAUGGAAAUGACAGAAAGCGGAUAUCACCACUCUCCACUAGGUAUUGUUGAUAAUAAGUCUGGCGCCUCUGGGUUAGUUGCUUAUAUUUCUGGAACAACAUUAUAUAUUGCAAAUGUUGGUGAUACUGUGGCAGUUAUCAGUCGUCGAAUCAGUGGUAAAGAAACAAAAGCAUAUCCGAUUGCACAAUGUCCAGAAAUUUUUAGUGAAAUUGAAAGAAUAAAGCAAGCUGGAGGAUAUAUUUCACAUGAUUGCCUUGUCAAUGGGGAACUGGAUGUAUCUCGGUCAUUUGGACAUUUUCAUUUAACACCAAUUAUCAAUGCUAAUCCUGUGACAGAGGUAGUUCAACUCUCAGAACAAGACGAACUUUUAAUUCUUGCUACUCGAGAAUUAUGGAAUUAUGUAAGCUAUCAACUUGCGGUGACUAUAGCUAGAACAGAAAAGAAUAAUCUCAUGCUAGCUGCUCAAAAACUGCGAGAUUUCGCUAUUUCCUACGGUGCUGAUCAAAAUAUCAUGGUAAUGAUUAUAGGGGUUGGAGAUUUAUUUGACCGCCGUCUCUCUAAGAGGAUAAAAGGGUCCGAUAGAAUAGAUGAUGUAGGUACAAUAAAAUUUUUUGUUAGUAGAAGAAGAAGAGAAGAAAUAUCGACAGAUUUAGGAGAAGAAAUUGAGCCUCCAGUAGGACAAGUAGCGCUAGUUUUUACUGAUAUUAAGAACUCUACAUUUCUCUGGGAAACAAAACCAGAAGCAAUGCGUUCUGCAAUUAAAUCUCAUAAUAAAAUCAUGCGCCGCUGUCUACGUAAAAUUGGUGGCUAUGAAGUAAAAACUGAAGGAGAUGCCUUUAUGGUAUCUUUUCCGACAGUAGCAUCAGCUCUUUUAUGGUGUCUUACUGUACAAAUCGAACUUUUAAAAGCUCAUUGGCCACAAGAAAUUAUUGAUUCAGAGGAUGGAAAAGAAAGAAUGGAUUAUUUCGGACCUAUGGUUAAUAAAGCUGCAAGAAUUUGUAAUGCGGCGGAUGGUGGGCAAAUUUGCGUGAGUGCUGAUGUACAGUCAGAAAUUAAUGGUUUCAUGGAUGAUUCUGAUAGGAAAAAUAGCAUUGGAGGUGAUGAUGAAGCGCAGGGGUCAUCUAGUAGUGGUUUGGAUAAGAAUGCAGAAAAUUUGAAGGAGUUGAAGAAUAUGGGCUUCGUUAUAACUAAAAUUGGCGAGAGAAAACUUAAGGGAUUAGAAAAUGCAGAAAUACUAUCGAUAGUUUAUCCGGAAAGGCUUAAAGGUAGAUUAAAUAAGAAUAUAUCGAAAUCUAGGAAUUCCAUAAAAGGUGUUCAAAAUUAUGAACCAAUUACAACUUCUCAAUGUGUACGCAAGCUUGAAUUUCUUUGUCUUCGUCUUGAACGUGUGGUAUCUGGCAAUGUAAGCCAUCGUACUUCUCGAAAUUCAAAAAUAGAUCAUUUGGCAGGAUUGUUAACAUCCCAUGUCAGGGAUAAUGCUGAUGAUGAAGUGUUAAUGAGGAUAAUGGAGAGUCUGAUUACAAGGAUUGAGAAUGCGAUAUCAACUUUAUAUCUUAAGAAAGUUGGAAGGUUUGCUCGUGUUCUUGAAGAGCUCGGAGAUGCACUUGCACUUGAUCCAGAUCAUAUUGUUCACGCUUUACAGAU